AUGUCCAAUCUAGCUGAACAAAUCGAAGUCGAGCUGGGCCGAGAGGUCUCCUCGGCAACGGAGCCGCAACCACCUCCCAUCUCCAAUCUGCAACAUGCAUUCAUCGUCAUCGCCUCUACCACGCUUGUCUUUACAGUAUGCGGUAUCGCGUUCGCCUUCGGCGUUUAUCAAGAGCUCUAUGAAAGCAUGUCUCACAUCCCUUCAUCUCCUUUCUACGGCUCUUCACCGGCGGAAAUUGACCUGAUUGGUACCCUAGCCAUCUCCCUCAUGACCAUCGGCGCCCCAUUCGCUACAGCCUGGACAAAGCGGUAUCCUCCAUACCUUGUCAUUUGGUCCGGCAGCGUCGUGUUUUUCGGCGCCUUUCUUUUAGCUUCGUUUAGCCAACGGCUCUGGCAAUUCGAACUCACGCAAGGCUUUCUCGCGGGAGUCGGCACGUGUCUAUCAUAUAUUUGCCCGCCGUCACGGUGA